GGCUGUGGCCGAAGAAGCAUUAGAAGGUGUUUCGACGAAGGCACAACAAGCAGUCGGCAGUCUAAUCGCAAUCCGUAAACUUUUUCUCAACCGAUUCAACUAUACAAGUCACUACAUAAGAAAUUCAAACCUACAAUAGUUUUAUUUCCACACUCCAGAGCAAGAUGCAGGUCAUGAUGAAGAAUGGUAAAAACAGAUAUUAUGGCAUGGUAAUGUUUCUAAUUAUAUUUUGGACAUCGUCGGCGGCCGGCUUCAUGGAGAGAGGCGAGCGCACAAUGAAGAAUCGUGAAGAUGAUGUGGUACGGUUGGCGGACGAGCAACGAGGUGCGUUUGACAAAGGCAUGGUUUACAGAGAAGCGCAAAUUAUCAGGGCGCCCCUGAGAGAUGACAGGUUUGCGGAGCGCGACACGCGCAUUGCCAUAACACGCGAGGACCAAAUAAGGGAAAGAGAAAAUAGACGACAUAAUGCUGACACCCUGGAUAGACGAACUAGAAAUGAGAAUGUAGCGAGGCGUGAUCAAAUCGAAGGUGAGACCUGCGAUUCGCGAAGAAGCAUUGGCCGAGAUUCUCGAAUUGAAGUAGAUGAAGCUAAGCGUGUUGAAGACCGAGAUACACGAAUUCGCCAAAUCCGGAAUAACGAAGACCGUCUGCAGCGUCAAGAACGACGUGAGGACGGAAACGUUCGCGAGCGAGAAACAGAACGUGGAGACCGUCGUGAAAGGGAAGACGCCAGAGAUCGACGCGAAAAUGAAGGACGACAAUCACGACAAGGACGACGCCUAGCGCGGAAUGAUCGCAUGGCACGCGAAGUACCACGUGUGCGCAGUGAGGAACGCGAGGAGCGCCGUGAAGGUCUUGACCGGGAAAACGUUCAAGAGCGCCAAGAACGUCGAGAUGUUGAAACACGUCGUGAGCGAGCGGUAGAGUCUCAGGUUCAUCGGGAAGUAAGAGACCGCCGCCAAGAAAUGGAAAGCCGCCGAGAUCGCCGAGAACCUUUAGAAGAUCGAAGGGGAUCACUGACAGAACGUCGUGAGCGUAUUGAAGACCACCGCGAACGAUCGGAAAACCGUGGAGAAAGAUUAGAAGAUCGCCGAGAACGUAUGAGUGACCGCCGAGAACCACUGGAAGACCGACGUGAGCGCAGUGAAGAUCUUCGCGAACGAACGGAAGAUCGCCGAGAACCACUGGAAGAUCGACGUGAACGCACGAGUAACCGCCGAGAACCACUAGAAGAUCGCCGAGAACGCAUGAGUGACCGCCGAGAACCAUUGGAAGAUCGACGUGAGCGCCAUGAAGAUCAUCGCGAACGAACGGAAGAUCGCCGAGAACGCAUGCAUGACCGCCGAGAGCCACUGGAAGAUCGACGUGAGCGCAAUGAAGAUCUCCGAGAACGAAUGGAAAACCGUAGAGAACGAUUGGAAGAUCGGCGAGAAAGCAUGAGUGACCGCCGAGAACCAUUGGAAGAUCGACGUGAGCGCAAUGAAGAUCAUCGCGAACGAACGGAAGAUCGCCGAGAACGCAUGCAUGAUCGCCGAGAGCCGCUGGAAGACCGUCGUGAGCGCAUGGAAGACCGCCGCGAACGGAUGGACAAUCGUCGCGAGCGACUGGAAGACCGUCGUGAACACACGGAAAACCAGCGCGAGCAGAUGGAAAGCCGGCGCGAACGCAUGGAUGACCGGCGCGAGCAGCUGGGAGACUUUCGUGAACGCACAGAAAACCUCCGCGAGCAGAUGGAAAACCGGCGAGAGCGCAUGGAAGACCGGCGCGAGCGCAUGGAAGAUCGUCGCGAGCGCAUGGAAAACCGUCGUGAGCGGAUGGAAGACCGGCGCGAACAAAUGGUCGAUCGUCGGGAACCUACAGAUAACCGCCGCGACCAUAUUGAGGACCGGCAGAACCACAGCGAAGACCGUCGCGAACGCAUGGAAGAUCGCCGCGGGCGGGUGGGCGACCGACGAGAGCGCAUGGAAGACCGGCGCGAACGCACAGAAGACCGGCGUGAACGCACAGAUGACCGUCGCGAGCGCAUGGAAGAACGUCGUGACGAUAUCACCGAGAGACUUAACAUCCGCACCAAUGAGCGCACCGAACGCAAUCAUCGAGACGCCCUCAUGGGCCCAAUCGAGCAAGUAAGUGACGAAUGGUCCAACACCACCAUCACAGUCACCAAAGCACUUCUCGUUGUAAUUCUGCUGGGUCAGAUCAUCAACAAAGCCAACAACAAGAAAAUAAACCAACUACGAGACUUCAUGUCUGUCAAACUGAACAAGGUGUUCUAAGACCACAACCUUGCAUAACGCGUGCAAAACAUUCUUCGCGCGCCAAGAACAACAAAAGUCUAUAAACAACAUUCGACGACCUAACGCUAUGCUCUAUGUACCUUCCAAUUAUAUUGUGAGAGUUGUCUAAAAUAUCUCAUAUUGAUCGUCAUCGUGUCCUGUUGUACCCAGUACGUAGUUCAGUAUCCAGUAGUGUAAAUGUAUCACUGUUAGCAAAGUGUUAAAUGCACUCUCCUAUACCAUACAUUUUAUCAAGUUGCGACGUAUAUACGUAGUUGUGUUAGUGGGGUUAGAUUCAAAGAAAUUCUAUAGUUGAAAACUUUAAAAAUGUUAAACACACAUGUAUAACCAAUAUAAUAAAUAUAAUAAAAAUAUGCGUGUAAAAGAA